AUGGAAAGGCUGCCAAAGAGCAGCACAUCUGCUUCAGGGCAGAUGCAAGACCGCCAGGCCACAUGGGAGUACCGCCUAUGUUGCAGCAAAGCAACGGGGAAGGUGGUUGCACAAUGCUCAGGCAAUAAACGUCCUAACGAUGUAGUUGUGGGUGCAAAACCCGUCUCCGACAAUCAGAGGCGCCGUUGCAAGAAGGAGAGCCCUCCGGCCAACGAUGGCCAGAGCGUGGAACUGCAGUCAUCACAAAGCACAUCUGAGAGAUGCGUGAAACCCGUAGUAAACACUGAUACGUCUGGAGACAAUCAUGAAUACUUAUUCCUAUGGGAUGACGAAUCUGGGCUCAUUAUAAAAUACCCUCUAUACGAGGAGCAGCAUACGAACUUAUCCAGGUCGCUUGUAACAUACCCCGAAAAUAAAAAGGAUGAUGACGACGUGCCAACGGAUACACGCGUUAUCAAUUGGAGUCUCCAAGUUGUCGAAAGCUACCUGCAAACAGCUUUAGAGAUAGCUCAGUCCCGCGCUAGUAAAGAUUCGAAUGCGGAAUGA